AUGCGUUUCAAUUCAACCCAUCCAAAAAAUUUGUUGGCCUAUGAAUGUGGUCUCGAUCCUUUCGGUGAUGCCAGAAGUUAUUUCGAUAUACGAUUUUAUCUUGUUUCACUUUUAUUUAUUAUCUUUGAUCCAAAAGUAACGUUUUCAUUUCCUUGGGCAGUACCUCUCAACAAAAUUGAUAUGUUUGGAUCUUGGUCCAUGAUGGGCAUUUUAUUGAUUUUGACAAUCCGAUCUCUUUAUGAAUGAAAAAAGUGGCGGUUCGGAUCUUCCUCUAGCAUUGCAUCAACCACUCAAGUGAAGCCAAAAGGGAAGGAUUUCUAA